AUGGCUUCCAUUGAGAUUGAUGAAAGCACAAUCUCCAAUCAGACGACUCAAUAUGUCUACCUCAGUAGGGACCCGGCGCCAGCAUUGGCAAUUCCUCCUGGUAAGGAUUUGUUGAACUACACGGCAAAGAUUGAGUCUAUUUUCAUAUACGAGCCCAAUACUGAGUCUGAGACUUGUUACACGUUCGGUGGGUCCCUCUCGCUGGGGCCUGGCAGCAUUGCCGGAGUCGUUGGUAAUGGCGAACAGUUCUUCCUUCAGUAUUGCGUGGGAAGUGACCAGAGCCGGUAUAUGCUCCCACUGGUGAAAGCCUCCGGAGGCUACAAGCUGCACCGAGAUGUCACGUCUGAGGCCUUGAGAGACGAUACAAUCCUAGACCGCAUGCUGGAGGAACCGGACAAUAAUCUGGCCGAUCAUUUUGCGACGACGAUGUUCGCUAAGGGUGGCAAGAAGGACAAAGCCAAGGGCGCAGCUGCCCUCACAAUCCAAACCAGGGGAAGCAGCGGCGAUCAAGAGCACGAGAUCAAGAAGGCCAUCAAAAUGCUCAACUUUAUCGAUUCGAUGAUUAGUGUCUAUACCGCAAACAAAUUAUACCAAGAAGGCAACAAGCGAGGCAAACCGAUAAGUGCAAUUGAUGAAACCUCCCUGUACAUGAAAGUGACUGCCGAGGCCUACUUCGAUGCAAUCAACAACAAGCAAUUAGCUGCUGUCAUACAAAAGAAGUCCAUGGCGUCAGCCAAGUUCAGUCAAACCUGCAACAGAGCCGAUGUUCAUCCCCAAUUCAUCAAGCAAUUCGCGCAGGAUAUUAAACAGUUUGACCAAGCUGAAUACGCCACCCUGGACAAGAUACUUACGGAGCAAGUGCGCCAAAUCCUGGAUGGCAAUAUUCAGGUCAAUAAUACUCUUAGCUUUACACUUCUAGUAAAGCAACCCCUUCUCAAAAGUGUACCGGGCCUGAAAGAGCAAAUUGUGGAGCCGACUCUUAGGUUUUUCUAUAUCACGUCCACUGGCCGGACUUGGACCGAAGUUGUGAAGAACGGGAAAAGCCAGAGCAGCGUGCAGAAGGUCCAGCUCGAUUUUCAGUACAUUCCCCAGGUGGGCACGAUAAACCCGGACCUUUUCAAGCCGUUGAAGAAAGUAUACGGGAAGAAGAUUAUCAGUCAAGAUGCGGAUGAUAGCUUCAUCCAGCAAUACACCGUGUAA